UGCUCGUUCUCUGCGGAGCUGGCAGGACGCUCCGCGCCCCCAGAAGCGGUGCCAGAGAUGGAGUCUGUGAUGUUUGAGGAUGUGGCUGUGGAGUUCACUGUGGAAGAAUGGGCUUUGUUGGAUCCUGCUCAAAGGAAGCUCUAUAAAGAUGUGAUGCUGGAAACCUUUAGAAACUUGGCAUCAGUAGGAAAAAGCUCAGAAGACCUUAGCAUUGAAGGUCAGCACAACCAUGGGAGGACCGUGAGAAAUCAUAUGGUUGAGAGACUCUCUGAAAGCACUGAACCUAAUCAAUGUGGAGCAACCUCUUACCAGAUUGCAAAUCUUAGUCUGUACAAGAGCACACCUGCUGGACUGAAUCUAUAUGAUAGCAGUGAGUGUGGAAAUAUCUUCCUGCAUCGUUCCUCUCUUAGAAAGGCGCAACCCAGAGUUCAUACGGGACAUAAGCCACAUCAAUGUCAGGAAUGUGGGAAGGCCUUUAGUUGCCCAUCCUACCUGAGAACACAUAUGAGAAGUCACAGUGGGGAAAAACCUUAUGCGUGCCAAUUAUGUGGGAAAGCCUUCAGUUAUCUCCAUUCUUAUCGAAGGCAUGAAAAGACCCAUAGUAAAGAGAAACCCUAUGAAUGUAAAGAAUGUGGGAAAGCCUUUAAGUGGCCUUUAUCCUUACAGACACAUAUGAGUACACACACUGGUGAGAAACCCUAUGAAUGUAAGCAGUGUGGGAAAACCUUCAAAUGGUCCUUAUCCCUACGAACACAUAUGAGCACACACACUGGAGAGAAACCUUACGAAUGUAAGCAGUGUGGGAAAGCUUUCAUUUGGCCUACGUCAUUAUGUACACAUAGGAGAACACAGUGUGGAGAAAAGCCCUAUGAAUGUGAGCAGUGUGGGAAAACCUUCAGUUGGGCCAUAUCCUUCCAAAGGCAUGUGAGAGUGCACACUGGAGAGACACCGUAUGAAUGCAAUCAAUGUGGGAAAACCUUCAAAUGGCCCAUCUCUUUACGGACACACAUGACUACACAUACUGGAGAGAAACCCCAUCAAUGUAAGCAGUGCGGGAAAGCUUUCAGUCAAAUCUCACAUCUUCGAGAACAUGUGAGAAUGCACACUGGAGAGAAACAUUAUGAAUGUAAGGAAUGUGGUAAAGCCUUCAAGUGGUCAUCCUCUUUGCUGAAACAUACAAGAAUGCACAGUGGAGAGAAACCCUAUGCAUGUGAACAGUGUGGGAAAACCUUUAAAUGGCCAUUAUCCUUACGAACACACAUGAGCACACACACUGGAGAGAAACCCUAUGAAUGUAAGCAGUGUGGGAAAGCUUUCAUUUGGCCCACGUCAUUACAUACACAUAGGCGAACACAGUGUGUAGAGAAACCCUAUGAAUUAAUUGUACUAUAAGUAAGCAGCUACUGAAACAGUGAACCUCUGGUAUUUUUUUGGAUUUUCUUACUACUGUUGAGUAGUUGAUACUGGCUGUCUAUUAUAUUCAUUCUACUCUUAGUGAGAAAAUCUGAUCUCUCUCUCUUUCCCCUCCCAGUACUGCCAGUGUAUUUAUUAUCCUUGCUAGUGAAGAGUUGGCAGAAAUUUGUCAUUAGGCAAAGCCCUUCUAAAAGUAGAAUAUGAAGUGAAUUGUAUUUUCAACCUUUGCCCCUUUCUUUUUGACCUUAUUUUUGAUUGGAAAUUUUGCAGUAGGUUUUGUAUUUAGACACCUGCUAUUUAAUAAUGAAAUUUAAAGUUGGAGAUGGUUCUCUUGGAUUAUGUUAUGCCAAUGUGGGUUUGUUAGAAAUUACAUUUACCAAAAUCCUUGGCACAAACACACGGACAUACCUUAUGACUAACAUUUCUAAACUAAGGAAUGAAGGAAUACUUUCAGACUACCUAAAACAGUGUUUCCCAAAGUGGGCCACACCACUCCCUGGGGUUACUAGAUGGAUUCAGGGAGGCUAAAAAGGCUGAUACCUACACUUUAACCUGGAUUAUAGGCUAUACUACAAAAGCUUUUAAUUGUCAGCAAGUCACUGAGUAAUUAUUUUUUUGAAGACGAGGUGAUAGGCCAAGUAAGUUUGGGAACCUAUGACCUAAAAGGAAGAAAUUGCCACAGCCGCAACCCAGAUUUGAAUUUGUAGCCUCCAAAACAGUAAGAAAAUAAUUUUCUGUUCUUUAAAGUCAUUCAUUUUCAUUGCAGAAUUAGAUAACUAUACAGAAUUUGGUGCCAGAGAGUCAGGGCAUUACUCUAUUACAUAUGUAUUAAUACGGGAAGAGCUUUGUCACCAGGCAAUGUACUUUUGUUGAGGAUUUAAAAGGAAAUGUUGAACCUUUUAUUUGAUACUGAAGAAAGGAUGAUUCUUUUUGCAAGGUGGCAAAGUAUGCCUAAAUUAUGUUGACUGCUAUGUGGAAAAUAGAAUAUUUGACUGAGGAGAUUACCAAGAAAAACUUUGAAAAUCUAGUAUGACUUCUCUUUGCUACUUAAGAGUAAAAUUUGAGACGAAAGAGGUACACUGAAAAAUAAAGUAUACGACAAGAACCCAGAAUUUCUGAAAGUUUGCAAUAUCCUGUUGUACAAACUUAGAAAUCAUGUUGUAGUACUUUUACCAAGAGCACGGCUAUGCAAGCUUUUGCUAAAGACGUAUAGUCUGUGACUGAUAGAUCUAAUCAACUACCUCAUCAGAAUUCUGUCAGCUUAGCGUGAAAGGGAUAGAGACAGCACAAAAUGAAGGAAAGCCUUGUAAGUCUAUGGGCAGAAGGAAACUUGAUUUUGAACAUGUUCUCCUCCAAGAAAAGGAAAACACCAUCCCAGGUACCAUUCUUCAAUUAGUAGAAGCACAGGGGGACAGGGCUGCCUCGGUUUCUCAGGGUAGAAUCACUGCUUCCUAGUUUCUGAGAGUAAAAUUGCCUUUCAGACAAGACCGUGGGGCUGAGAGGCGGAGGUUGCCCAUCAGUGGGCUAGAAGAACAGUGUUAGCUGGGCAUGGUGCUUUUGGUGUCACCACUCAGCUGUCCCCAGUAAAUGGGCUCCUAAAGCCAAGUGAGCAGGAUGACUGUCCCAUUGGGCUUAGAAAGUGACACACAGAGAUAGCUAAUGCUCUGAAGCUGGAGGGCAGCGCCCUUGCUCAAAUAUGACUGGAACACAGGUUGUUUUAAGCUCCGACAGCUAAUGAAAUUUGUUUUGCGGGGUUUUGAACUUACUUUGGACCUGUGACCCUUUGCUUCCUUCCAAUUUCUGCCCUUGGAGUGGGAACAUCUACUUUGUGCCUGUUCCACCAUUGGACUUUGGAACGGGGAGGCUUUACAAGCUGACAUAUGGAAGAGAAAUUUUGCUCUAGGAUGGAGCAUGCCAAGACUCUUACCCAAGCUUAGUUUAGAAAAUUCAGAAGGGGGAAUUUUGUAUUUAGAGUUGAUAUUGAAUGGGUUAAGACUUGUGGAUGAUGUAAUAGGUUGCAUGUGAGAAAAUGAUGAGUUUUUGGGAGCUGGUGGGUGGAAUGUUAGAAAUGUAAAUGUGUCCCUGAGACAUAUGUGUGAAAUCCUAUCUCCUAUACAUGUGGAUGCAACCCUACUUAUAUUAGAACUUUCUUUUUCAUGUUAAUAAGGCCAUGUCAGUGUAGAGUGUGUCUUGAACAUGGCACUUGUGAUUUAGAGAGAGAACAGAAUAGACAUAGACAUAAGCACAAACAGGUGAAGAUCGAUGCCACAUGAAGGUACAAAGUCUACAGAAUCGAGGACCACCUAGGACUGUCGAGAAGGAAUGAAUCCACAUGGCCUGAUCCUGAUUGGAAGUUUAACUUCCAGAACUGUGAGGAAAUAACCUCUGUUUUUGAAAACGCACUGACUUGCAUUUGUGUAGUAGCAGGGCUAGACAAGUAAGACAACUGGAGAGCCUCGAAGAAGAAAAAUGUAAUGCGUUUCAUAAGGGAAGAUGGAAGCUGUCUUUUAAUGACCCUCAAAGCCUCCAAAAGGCCAUUUCCUUUUUGCAUAUACCUAGAAUUCCAGCACUUGCUAGGGAGGAGGAAAAAAUUGUAGCACCUUAUGUUUUAAGGAAUAAAGGUAAUCUUUCUCCA